GGAAAGACGAGUGGAAAAAAGCGAAAAAGCCCGAUAUUUAAAUGGUUUUUUUUUCUCGAAGUGUGUGAUACAAACGAAAUAAAAAUAUUAUUGGAUGGAGAGGUAUCACAGAUAAUUAAUUAUUACGAUCCUCGAGAAUUUGAGAAUCUUUCUAAGACUAUCGGCUUUGGAGGUUCUGCUUCGGUUUACACUACAAAAUGGAUGGGAACAACAACAUAUGCAAUUAAAAGAUUUCGCAAUAGUUUUAGGGAUGAUAUUAUUAAUGAGGUUUUGCGAGUUUCUGAUAGUAUCUGGUUUAGAUAUGAAAAAUCCAAUAUUCUCUGUCCACUUUGUAUAAACACUUAUAAGUACUGUAUUUCUUUUUUAGGCGAAACAAAUUAUUCGCUCAUCCUCGAAUAUGCGGAUAGUGGAACAUUAGGAGAGUAUUUAAGGGAAAACGCUGCAACUUUUAGAUGGGAAGAUCAAUUAAAAUUUGCAAAUGAUAUCGCGAGUGCAGUUUUGUGUCUACAUAGGCAUCAAAUUAUCCACAGUGAUCUCCAUCCCGGCAAUGUUUUAAUACAUCAACAUUCGAUAAAAAUAGCAGAUUUCGGACGUUCACGUCUACACGGAUCGGUUAUCAACAAAAAAGAAAAAGCACAUGAUCAUUCGUGUGAUUUAACUAAAAAAUCUGAUAUAUAUAGUCUAGGAGUAUUAUUCUGGGAAUUAACAAGUCGUGAAUCGCCUUUUGAUUUUGAAACAAAAAAUAAUUUCCCUUUCGAAAUUAUUAAAAUCAAGUCGAACAUCCUUGAGGGUAUGAGAGAAAAACCUUCUCCAAGCACAAACCAUAAAUUCAUUGCGCUGUAUGAAAAGUGUUGGCAACAUGAACCAAAUACAAGACCAAAAAUUCGUCAAGUAAUUUCAGAACUUGAAGAACUCAAUAAUAAUGAGCCUUUAGUUGUAUCAGAAAAUGUUAGUUUUAAAGAAAUCGAAACAACAUUAGAAAUAUCAAAAACACCAGAAAACGAUGAAGUUAACAUACCAAGUUAUGACUGUGACAUAAACAAAUGUGAGUUAUAGGACACUUAAUUAUGAUGUACUUUUUAUUCGUAUUAUUUGUAGACAACAUGUAAAUUAUAGAUUAAUUUUCGUGGUUAUUGUAAAUAUAUCGUACAGUACAAUGAAAUAAUGAGUAAAAAAAAAAA